CGAGUCAGUGCGCAUGUCAAGUUGAAAAUUGCAAAUGGCGGCCGUUGUUAUUGUUCGUACCGAAUUAACUAUUUGUAAAUUAUAUACCAAUCUUUUUAGCGAUUUUUCUAAUGGACUGUUAUACUGAUGCGAUGCUUUAACUUCUCAUAAUUCGGCGCGACACGUUUUAUGUACGUUUUUAAGUGUUUUUAGUGUUUUUUUGCUAUUUUAUGUGUGUCAUGCAAAUGGGGUAAGCUGGAAUUAUCGGAUGUCGCUUAGGUUGUUUUGGAUAGUUUCAAUAAGAAAAUGGAGUGAAGUUCUGUGACCUAAAGUGUUAAAAUGGAAACUGCAUAAAGUUUUUCAACUAUCACUCCAAUAUUAGAGUGUAGCAAGAGACGGGAGCGGCUGUAAUUUACGAAUGUUCCAUGCUGUGACUGUUCUCCCCGUACAUUUCAAAAUGGCUGCUGCUCUUCACGAUAUAUGAGCUUUGCGUCACUGGAAUAUAAUUCAGUGAAUUCGACCCGUGGUGAUAUUGUAGUGAUUCUAGUCGUGUGAUCGUCUGUGAAAAAGCAAAAAUAAGUCCCGGACAGUUUCCCGGGAGCACCUGGACCCGGACAGUAGUGGUGUGUCAUAUGUUUUUGGUGUAGAGUGGACACUGACCAUAGGAACGAUAUUGCUUUGCGUCCGAGCCGGACGGUAAUGUUGCGCUUGAUUUUCCAUCAUGAUUUGGGACACAAGGGAAUAGAAAUUGUGUGGAAUUGAGCGGAAUGUGACAUUGUAUGAGAGCAUGGCAGCGGACAGCGAUGGGCUAGGCUCGGCGGGCGGCGGGUCGUGCGGCGUGGUGGUGACGUGCGAGGGCGACCUGCGCGACCCGCGGUUCCCCGCGCGCCUGCGCCGGUUGUUGCGCGAACUACGGGCGCUGCUCGCCGAGCCGCAUCCGCACACACUCAAAGUUAACAAGGUGGAGCCUUGGAACUCGGUGCGCGUGACGCUGUCGGUGCCGCGCGCGGCGGCGGCGCGGCUGCGAGCGCUGGCGGCGGCGGGCGCGCCGCAGCUGCGCGCGCUCGGCAUCCUCUCCGUGCAGCUCGACGGCGACGCCGCCGUGUCGCUGCGCCUGCAACAUGGCGCCGAACUCAGGAUCAACACCGACCCUGAUGAUGCAAGUACGUCAAGAUCGCAACCAAACGCGGAACUGCUAGCUGGUUUGGGCGGCAUCGGUCGCAUACUGAGCGAGUCGGACGGCGCGAGCAGUAGCAGCGCGACGGAGCCGCCGGCCGCCGCGGCGCCGCCCGACAGCUUCAAGUCGCCCAACACCGUGUGUCCCAUGGACGGCAAGAUACCACACAACAUUCCCACGCCGACCACCGACCGCUGCGAGUUCCCCUUCGGCAGUAUGACGCAGGCCAGGGUCAUACAUCGCAAGGAGAAUACCAUGGGACUGGCGGGUCCUCCAAGCAGUAUAAGGCCGCAAUCAGACGGCCCGUUCGCGCGACCGUCGACGUCAGCGUUCCCCGGACCCCCGCCGCCGUACCCCGCGGCUUCCCCCCAGCCCCCCACGACCCCGACCACUCCUGGUCCACCUCCUACCCCUCCCACGGUCGCCAUGUCCUCCCCGUUACUUGUCAACCUACUACAAAACGAUGCGGCCGCGCCCGCUCCCAGGCCGAAGCCGCCACAGCAUCCAGCUAAGCUAGAUCGACUUGAAGAUGGACAGGUGGAACUGGCGGUGGGUCGUCCUCCGUUCGCGGAGUACCGCACGGCGCGCACGCCGGCCCCCAUGGCGGGGUCCGUGCGGUCCCCGCUGGCGGGCCCCUGCACCCCGCCCGCGUCCCCCGCGCCGCGGCCCAGCCAGCGGCCGCCGACGUUCGUGCGGCGGGCCGCGCCGGCCGCCUACCGCGUGCAGGUGGCGGGCGCCGGCGCGGGCGCCGUGGCGGGCGUGGCCGGCGGCCGGCUGCCGGGCCCGGGCUACGCGGUGUCGUUCCCCGCGCCGCCGCCGCCGCCCUACCGCCAAGGCGGCGUGCGCCCCCGCCCGCCCCCUGCGCCGCCCGCGCCCCCCGCGCCCCCGCCGCAACACGCGCAGCACUCCCGAGUUACGCCUGAGGACUUGCAGGCGUUACUCCCGCCUCCCACUGCUUCCAUGGACCAGAAGACUCAGUCUAGCUUCCAGGAGUUCCAGAGGUAUCAGCAGCAAUAUAUAGCGCGGCAGCGCGCCGCGUCCCGCGCGACGUCGCAGCCCGACUGGAACGAACCCUACCGGGACUCGCUAGCGCUGCUGGAGCUCCCGGACAGUGACCUGGAGCACCUCAUUGGGCCAACGUUGGGCGACGACCUCAACCUGGACGAGAGCGCCUUCUCCGCCAUCUCCGAGCUGGACGCCAGCGCCAAGCUCGACAUGUUGCUGUCCGGGAACAACGCGCACAACAACACGCCCGACUCCGUGCUGCAGGACAUCACGGGCGACCAGUACCCCGGCUCCUACGCGGAGCCGCAACGCCACGACGUGCCUUCUAAGUCGGACUCCUUCGACGGACCCGACACCUUCAUGCCGCCGCCUCCCGUGCCGCACCACUCGAACAAGUUCAGAAGACAAGAGUCUGAGAACGAACAUCAGUCGGCGUCGAGUACCCCGUCUCCGGUGCAACACGUACAGUCCCCGGUACCCGCGCAGGCCCCGCAGUCCGCGCCGGAGCAGACGCUACCGAUAACCGCGCUCCCGCUCCCGCACCCGGCCUCCUUGAUCCCGACCAGUGCCAUGCUGCAGAGCGCGGCGCAACACCCACACCCCGCAGUCCACCACAACAUGGCCAAUGCGGUGCCCCACUCUCCGCACGGGGCGCAGUCUCCGCACGGGGCUCAGUCUCCGCACGGCGUGCACUCAGCGCACACUGCACACAGUGCGCACGGUGCGCACGGGCCGCACACGAUGCUUCAGUCCCCGCUGGGAGCCCUGGGCCUGCAGGGCGCACACAACUCGGCGCAGCACGCGCCGUCGCCGCCGCAGCUGCAGAAUGCGACGCCCGCGUUCAAGUCCCCGCCCUCCAGCGCCAGGCAGGCCAUGCCUCCCCCUCUGAAGCUGCCCGUGAGGGCGACCACGUCGGUGGCCACGGCCACGGUCGGCUCGCAGGCCUCGGCGCAGGAGAUCGAGGAGCAGAGCAAACAGUACCUCAUCAAAACUCUCAUGAGGGACGAUGACGUACCGCCGCCGCCGCCGAAAGAACCGGAAAAGAAAGUCGAAGAGGUGACGGUCGCCAACUGCGAAGUGAAGGAAGCAGUAGAGGCUGCGCCCGAAAUGUUCGGUAUCGCCAAGUCGUCGACUACCGACGAUGACCCGCGGAGACCCGACGAUGACCUCAGAAUGAGAAAUAAGCUGGUCAAGAAAGAUCGAGACGACAAACUCGCACAGAAAGGCGGAAAGCCCCGAACUGUCGGCGCUAAAGAGAAACCCGCCACGCUCAAAGACAAGAUUGUCAGAGACAACAAAUCCACCAAAGCUGCCUUAUCACGCCCCUCGCCCCUUAAGCUCCCUUCCCCCGCGAUCGACGCCCCCAAGUCCCCACAAACUGAGAAAGAAUCCAUCAAACUCAGGCUAAAACUCGAUAAGAAUGAACCAGUGGUCCAAACAGUGUACAAAGCUGACAUCAGCUUUGUCAACCAACAAAAAGGCGAGAAGCCAACAGACGGAGAACUAAGGGUACCGCCUCUCCAUAUAAGCCUUCGAGGGCGGAAUUCCGCUGUUAUAAAAAAUUCGAAAAAGGAAAAGAAAAAGUUUGGCCCUGGUGACUUGCACACAAAGAAGAUUAAAAUCAGAAAAUCUUCAGAGUCAGAUGACAAGUCACAUCGGAGGGACUCUGAGGAGUCUAUAGCCUCAAAAUCUAGUGAAAGCACUGAGAACAAGACUGAUGAAGAGUAUUUAAAUGCGAAAGGCAUGAAGCUCAACAAUCACUACGAGGGCGACGCCGUGAAGACCGAGAUCGCGGGCGACAACAACGUCGUGUACAGGAUGAAGACUAUCUCUAAGAACGCUCACAUCGUGACCAAGUCACACGACUACAACAAGCUGAACAACAAGGUGAGCCUAGACCUGAAAAUGAAGAAGAAACUAAAAAUACUCAAUGAGAGUGGCAAGUCUUCGGACAAGGAGCGAGACAAGGAAUGGAGGAAUGACACGCUGGACAAGGAAGGGAAGUACGCGCAAAACGAGGGCUACAGAGAGCCGAACAAUCACGACGCCAAGAAGAAGUUACCUACUCCUAAAACAGAAGUGAAAUGUGAUAGUGUCAAGUCAGAGGGGAAAACAGUGCAAUCAGACGUUGAUAGUGAAAGUAAAACCGGUGCUAGUGAGUUGGACAGUAGUAGGUUGAUCAAGUGUCAUAAGGACCUCGAGUGGACGCUUAGUGGCGACGUGUCCGACUCGCAACACUUUGUGGAGUCGCGGCGCGUUGCCGAAGAUGACAAUAAGUUGAAACGGACAAUCGCCGAAAGUGCUAUUACCUCACCCAAUGGUCUGCUCACCUCUGAUAAGAAGAGGAAGGUCAGCCACAGUUCUUGUACAGAACCUCCGGGCUCGACAAACGUCGGCACGAUACCCACGAGCCGCGCCGAGUCCCCGCCCACGUCACCGCGCCGCAAGGACAGGCCCAAGGACAAGUCCUACUGCAAGCUGGUGGCCGAGCGCGCCGCCAGGCCCGACGCGGACAAGUUCGGCAGCCGCUCCCCCGCCAGCCAGGCGCAGGGCGAGGACUCCGGCAUCGAGUCCAUGGACGCUCUGUCGGAGAAGUCGCCCAACCAGGCCAGCCAGUCCCCGCCCGGGCCGCAGCGCAAGGAGCGCCUCGACAUGCCGCGCUCCACCAGCCCCGCCUCCGUGCAGCGCAUCAUCGGAGUCAUCGAGCCCGCGCCCGCCUCCGACGACCUGCUGGAGCGGCUGUCGCUGGCCGCCGGCCCGCCGCGCUACGAGCCCGGCCCGCCCGACAUCGACGACCUCGGCGACAUCGAGGCCGAGCUCGCCAAGAUGCACGCCGACCACGUCAACGGGGACGACGCCCCGCGCCGCCCCCCGCCGCCCGCGCCCGGCCCCGCGCGGCCCCCCACCCCCAUACUGCGGGACGAACCCCCCGCGCUGCGGGACGACCCCGCGCCCGCACUCGACCCGCCCCCCGCCACCACGCCGACCGACACCUCGCGCCCUGACAGCGCGGACACUUCGCCGCUGCGGGAUAAAGUCAAACUCGAGGACUUCGAUCCUCCACCCAGCAGGGUGUCGCCGCCCCUCUACACGUACUCUAACCAAGAGAAGCUCGGGCCCGUCGACGACGUCAAGGAGGAACGCACCGAGCGCACAGAGAACGGCGACGCGAGCACGGAGCGCAGCGAGACCGACGAAAAGCACGAACCUAAGUUGGAGAGACUACCGCUGAAGGCGGACUUCCCGGAUAAGAGUCUACUAGAACAGCUGCUGAUCGAGAUCCCGACGCCGGAGUACGCGGGCAAGAGGCCGGAGUCCCCGUCGCCGUCCGCGCUGGAGCGGGUGGCGCGCAGCAGCGUGCGCACGCGCUCCAGCAGCAAGCUCAGCAGCCCCGCCGAGCGCCCGCGCACCCCGCGACACUCGCCCGCGCUCGCCAAGCUGGAGCGCGCGCCCUCGCCGCGCCCCGCGCCCCCGCCUCGCGCCGCGCCGCCGCCCAAGCGCCGGCGCCGCGAGUCCGAGAGCUCGGGUGCCUCCACGCUCAGCGCGGACGACGACGCGCGCCCCAAGAAGAAACCACGGCGAGACGCGCCUCGCGCCCCCGCACCCCCCGCGCCCGCGCAGCCCGCCAAGCGCAAGGACUCCGACAGCGACAGCGACGAGCCGCUCAUCUGCAAGGUGCGGGGCAAGGUGACCACCAAGCUGCGCGGCCCGCGGGCGCCAACCAAGGCCCCCGAGGCCGUGGGCACGCGGCGCUCCGUGCGCCACGGGCCUACGCCCCCGGGCCCUCCCGGCCCGGCGCCCGCGCCCGGCCCGCCCGGCCCGCCCGGGGCUACACCCGUACGACGCAAAACUCGCAGUGCUGUGGGCGAGGGCACGGGUGCGGCGGCGGGCGUGCGACGGCGGCGCAGCUCCAAAGACAAGUGACGGCGGCGCCGCGCGGAGUCUCGCGAGCCCCGCGAGUCCCGCGAGCACCGCGAGCAUCGCGAACACCGCGAGCCUCGCGAACACCGCGACCACCGGGAGCACCGCGAACAUCGCGAGCAUCGCGAACAUCGCGAACCCCGCGAUCACCGCGAACCCCGCGAUCACCGUGAGCCCCGCGAUCACCGCGAGCAUCGGGAGCCCCGGCAGCCGCGCGAGCCCCGCGAGGCGCGCGAGGCGUGCGAGCUGGCGGCGAGCGAGGCGUGAGCCCCGCGCUAGGUAACGCUGUCUCUGUCUCCGCCCGACACCGCGCACCGAACUACACUAGUACUCGUGACGGUCCCUACGACUACAUGAACACAGAGCGUUGUCAGAAGCAUGUGACGGGUCGCGCCCGCCUUCGUAAAACUAUUCAAUGUUUAUUUUAAACCAGUUCGGGUCACGACCAUAGUUAUGUAUUUAAAAUUAACUAAAUUGUAAAAUAUGUUGAGAGUUGAAAAUUAAUCCGAAAUGAUUUGCACUAACUCGCGAUUGGUAAUUGUUCAUUUUAAUGAAUCUCAAGUAAUUAAAUCAAUUGUGAAUUAACACCAAAGUGUGAGGAGUAGUAAGGUUGCAAUACUAACGUUUGAGGAGUACUGUGUUAUGAGUUAACAUGAAAUGUUUGUGGAUGUAUGUCGGAUGUGUCGCGGCUGCUCGUUGUUAGUGCUUGGGUACAAGCGGCCACCACCAAACUUGACGAAAAUGAUCAUGUAAUGUUAUUGAAAUGGUCUAUAAUAUGAAUUAUUAAUUUUAUACCAAUAAUAAUGUUGAAAAUAUAUUAUGGAACUAGAUAAAUCUGGUUAAUUUUAUUUAUUUAUUGAAAUUGUAUUGUACACUCGAAUACAAUAAAUGAACGUGUGUUUAUAAAUACAUAUAAUGACUGUGGCCGUGUGGUCGUCGCUUGUACAAAACUGUUCUAUUCCAAUUGGUCGGGAAUAGAAAUGGAUUUAGCUAAAUUGAUUUUAGAAUAGUUGAAUUUUAUCCUCACAUAUGUACAUUAAUGCGUCUACGAUAAAACACAUUAUAUCUAAAACAGUAGCGAGUAAAUAAAUGGGUGCGAUGAGUAAACAUUAAUAUCAAUUGAUUGGCAUGCUUAAUAUUAUAAUCUAUAAAGUCCAGAACUUACACAACGACAAAAUCUAUUCUAAAAUUAAUUCUUCCUAAAUCCGUCCUGCAAUCCUAAUCUAUUGAUAUUUAUCGAUUGCGAUGCGUUGAAUCGAUUACGCCGGACCCAAUCAAAUGCCGCCAGUCACACUGUCGGCAUCAUUUAUUUUUAGUGAACAAAUGUUACCAUUCACUAUAAAACACUCGACUUUUUGUUCUUUUAAGUGUAAGUUUAUUUCUAUCAAGUAAUUUUAAGCGUGUUCGUCUAUAAGUGUGGAAGCUAACGUGCUCGUUUUAACACUGCGAUUAGCCGAUUGUAUCAAUUAAAACAAAGUUGUAGUUAUACAGAAUUUAGUAACCAUAGGUACAUAUAGUGAUGUUGACGAAUCGACUAAUGACAAUGGUAAAACAGCGUGCGCGGGGAACUUGAAACGUUGCCACCAGCAAGACUCCGUGGAGAGCCUUAGUUUACUAGUGAAUAGAUGUGUAUCGUUAUUGUACAAAAUGCACUCGACAUAUAGGCACAUUGUUAUAAUAGUAUAAAUACCCGAGAGAUAUAAAGAGCAUGAAAUAAAUGCAUAAAGUUAAAUAUUUUCAUACGUUUUUGCACGUAACUUCGUGACGUCGAUCGGUGACGUGAACGCAACGUUGUAGUUUUUAUUAUGCCUUGGCGGGAGCGCGGCGCAUUUUAUUUGUAAUAUAAUAUGAAAAUUCGACCAAGCGACAUCGGUGCUCGGCGUAUAUUUGAAAUAGCCGAGUAUAUCGAUGGUAGGUUCAAUUUGAGGCGGCGCCGCGCUCCCGCGCAAGGCACAGGCCGCUAUUACGAUGUAACGUUAGCGUUUUUAUAUUUAAGAGAAUUCACGACCAAUAAUUGUAAUUAAAUGUGGAACUUGAUAAUUUCUUAGUGAAUGAGAUAAUAAUCGCGACUGAAUGUUUUAACAGUUUGUCUGUUCGGGCUUCCAGUAAAACUAAAAUUUUAUUUUGACGCCCCAUUUAUUUCGUUUCCCCUCCAUUUGUCGACCUGUGUUCCCACCAUUAAUUGAAAUAAUUUCAAUCCCAAGAUUGUACACCAAACCCAUAGAUAAUGAACCAGUGAAUCUUAGCUUGUACUACGCACUAAGCAUAGUUGGUUAUCGAAUGAAUUUAGUUAUCUAAUAUAGACGCUAGUGUUUUUUUAUCACGGUUUUUGAACACUUGAGUAUAGGAAUGUCGUGUGUCGGUAUCGCUCGCCUUAAUGUUCAUCAUUUAUAAUAAAUAAUAAUAAUUGGUUGUAACUAAAUUGAACCUUGCAAUAUACAAUUUGAGGACAAAAUCAUAAUUAUAUAAUAAAUUAGUGACAAAACUUAAAUUAAAUGGUGGACAAGACGACAGGGGGUGCGCUACAGAUGUAUAGUUGUGUAACCGCGUAAUAAAUUGAUUGUAAGAUCGACAUCUGUGGCCGCCCGCGGCUCGCGUAGACUUGUUUCGUUCCUGUGUAUAGGGAUACAACCCAAGAGCAAUAAUAUUUGGAUGUGACAUUUUAUUUAAAGCACAGUUUUAGACAGCUUUUACACUGUUAGCUUAGAUCGCCGUACAUUACAGUAUUUGUAUAAUUUGUCCCGAAGUCAUUGUUUGUUCCCCUCUCCCUCUUUCGAAGAUGUUCAAUGUUAGUCGGACAGUGAUAGUGCUACAAUACAUAACGUGUAUAGUACGUACGUAGGAUAUAAUGAGAAAAUAUUUUAAUAAUUAGUAAUGAAUUUAUUGCCUGAAUAAAUUGUGCCCUAUAACUGUGUGCCGUGGUAAUGUGUCUGUUAAACAAAUGUUAGUGUAUAGAGAUGCGGCUAGUCUGUCGGCGUCGGACGGCGGGAGUGUUUUGUAACAAACCUUUGUUUUUCUUAAAUUAUUCAUUACUGAAUCGGUCCGGCCGAUGUACAAUCUCUUGUAAAUGUUUAUGUAUAGAUGGGGAUAUUAAUAUAUGUUACGUUUUAAGUACUUGUUUUCUUUAAAAUCAUAUUUAGUUUGGGGAGUGGCGUGUAAAUAGACGUGGAGACUAGCGAAUCGCUCGGACCGAGCGACUCCUGUAGACAUGCAAAGAGCCUUAUACUGUAAUAUAAAAGUAUGACUUGCAAGCUUGUACCAUAUAAUUAUAGUGAAUGAACUCUCAACUAGCUGUGUAUAUUGGGUGUAUAGUUAUCAUUUAGUUUAUUUUGUUUUGUUUUUAUUUUCGACUAAUGAUAGUAAUUUAUGCCGAUAAAUAAAUAUCUAUAUUGUACGUUUAUAUAUCUACAAUGAAGAAAGAGAAAUACAAAUAGUUUUAAUAACACUUAUAAAUAUAGUUUAGGGGUUACACCACACGAGAGUAGGUUAUAGUUUUGUUUACAUUCUAUGGAACUUGUAAAUACAUGCAGAAAUAGUAAAAUGAAAGAAUUGAUACAAUAAAGUUAACUUUAUGUUAUUUGUAAUAUUUUUUCUAGUUCGUGUUGGGCGGCACGCGCCGCGGGGAAUCAAUUUAGGACAAUGAUAAACGAUGCCUGUAAUUAUUUUUCGUUGCUGGCAAUUUUAUGAAGUUCAGUUUUAUAUUGUGCAUUAUUUUCUCUGUAAGUUGCUUUCACUGUCGUUUCUAGAUUAUUUUUAAAAAUCAUAUAAUUAUUAUAUUGAUAAAAGUACGAUGAGUCAAGCUGAUUUAUCAACAUAUUAUAACGAUUGAAGAAAUUAUAUUGAUAUAAAGUACGAUCGAGUCAUGCUGAUUUAUCAUAUUAUUACGAAUGGAGAAAUAAGGAAUAUUAUUGUUCUGCUAUUAUUAAAUUUGUAAAGUUAGUUUAUUAAUAAAUGAAUAAAAAAUA